GAGGCCCCCGCAGUCGCCGUCGCCGUCGCCGCCGCCCGAGCGCCGGAGCCCCGCCCCGCCCCCCGCGAACGGAGCCCCGUCGGCCGCGGCGUCUGCGCCCGCUCGUCUCGGGCUUCCUUGUCGCCAUGCCGCUCUACGAGGGCCUGGGGAGUAGCGGGGAGAAAACGGCGGUUGUGAUCGACCUAGGAGAGGCCUUUACCAAGUGUGGAUUUGCUGGAGAAACUGGUCCAAGAUGCAUAAUUCCUAGUGUGGUAAAAAGAGCUGGCCUGCCUAAGCCUGUCAAAGUUGUUCAGUAUAAUAUCAACACAGAAGAAUUAUAUUCCUACCUAAAGGAAUUCAUCCACAUCCUGUAUUUUAGGCAUCUAUUGGUGAAUCCCAGAGACCGCCGAGUUGUGGUUAUCGAGUCGGUAUUAUGUCCUUCCCACUUCAGAGAGACACUCACUCGUGUUCUUUUCAAAUAUUUUGAGGUUCCAUCCGUCUUGCUUGCUCCAAGUCAUCUAAUGGCUCUUCUAACGCUUGGCAUUAACUCUGCCAUGGUCCUGGAUUGUGGAUAUAGGGAAAGCCUCGUGUUACCUAUAUAUGAAGGAAUUCCAGUACUAAAUUGUUGGGGAGCACUCCCCUUAGGAGGAAAAGCUCUUCACAGGGAGUUGGAAACUCAACUGUUGGAACAAUGUACUGUUGACACAGGUGCUGCUAAAGAACAGAGCCUUCCCUCAGUGAUGGGUUCAGUACCAGAAGGUAUCUUAGAGGACAUUAAAGUGCGUACUUGUUUUGUUAGCGAUCUGAAGCGUGGACUGAAAAUCCAGGCAGCAAAAUUUAAUAUUGAUGGGGAUAAUGAGCGUCCCUCACCACCUCCAAAUGUUGACUAUCCAUUAGAUGGAGAGAAGAUUUUACAUGUUCUUGGAUCAAUCAGAGAUUCAGUUGUGGAAAUUCUUUUUGAACAAGAUAAUGAAGAGAAAUCAGUUGCCACUUUAAUAUUGGAUUCCCUUAUGCAGUGCCCAAUAGAUACCAGGAAGCAACUAGCAGAAAAUUUGGUAGUCAUAGGUGGCACAUCUAUGUUGCCAGGAUUUCUCCACAGAUUGCUUGCAGAAAUAAGGUAUUUGGUAGAAAAACCAAAAUAUAAAAAAACACUUGGCACCAAGACAUUUCGAAUUCAUACUCCACCUGCAAAGGCUAAUUGCGUGGCCUGGUUGGGAGGAGCUAUUUUUGGAGCAUUGCAGGAUAUACUCGGGAGCCGUUCAGUUUCAAAGGAAUAUUAUAAUCAGACAGGUCGUAUACCUGAUUGGUGUUCUCUCAAUAAUCCACCUUUGGAAAUGAUGUUUGAUGUCGGGAAAGCUCAGCCACCUCUGAUGAAGAGAGCAUUUUCCACUGAGAAAUAAAAGUUGAAUUAAAAUUCAGCUUUCCUUCAUUUCUAAUAUUUAAUCGAUUACAAGAAAAUUGUACAAAAUAUGUAGGAUGCUUUGUUAUAGGUGACUAUAGUGAAAGUGAAAGAACUUCUUUGUUUACUUUUUGCAUCAAUAUGUAAUUCUUUUGACUUUAUUUCCCUUGUAUAGUGCUAAAAUGGUAGCUGAUGCUUAUGAGACUUAUUGUAUUUAUAUCAAUAAAAUAUAGUAGAACAGUUUAAUUUUGGAAGUUUGUUACAUAGUCCAUUUUUCAGAAAGAAUAACAACACUGUCCCUGCGCAGUUCACAUAAUCUGUCCUGGGCAUGGGAACCUUCACUAAUUUUAUUAUUUUCAGCAAUUAUUUCAUUUAAAGCAUGAACAGUGUUAACCAGUACCAGUGAUUUCAAAUAUUAACAUGGGUCUAUUUUUUUUUAAUUCUUCACUUUGGUACUUAAUGUCCAUGUUAUUAUAAUGUUGCUUUUCCAAAACUAUAUUUGAUCCUUUGUACCGAGAAUGUUUGGUAACAUAGGCAUUUAUUAAGCAAAGUGUGGAAAUGUUCACUUUUUAACUUUAGUUUCUUUUAUGAAUAAUUCUACAUUUGUAAGAAAAAGAUAUUUCAUUUCUAUGUAAAGUUACAACUGCUUUAUAAACAUGUACUCAUACUACCAUUAUUUGCUUUUGUGCUUUGUAUCUUCUCAGGGCAGGGGUUCUUUGAAAUAUGUACUCAGUCAUUGUUUAACUUUUAUUUUUGUUUUUCUCCAUUUGUUUUUAAUGAACUACCUCUUGUUGAAAUUUCGCUGGUUUCAUUCUUUCUAGGUACCUGUGUCCUCUAGGCCUACUACUUCUAUAACACCCUUUCCACCAAAGUAGUGAUCUUUCUCUAAGUGCAUUAUUUAUAACUGAAGCACUUACAACUGUUACUUUGUAAUCGUUUCUAUACAGGUUUUAUCUUCCUUUCUGGAAUAUAUACUCCAUUGCAACAAGGCUCUUCUAUUUUUUAACUUUGAAAUCUCAAAGUAAGAUUACCCAGAAUAGGUGUACCAUUAAUUGUCAAUUGUAUGGAUUUGCAAUUUUAUUAACAUUAUCUCUUUUUGCAGUAAACAUAAUUUCAAAAUUUUCUGCUUUGCAUUCAUAUUUACCUUGUCAUUUGUUGAAUUUAGAUUAUUUAUGAGAAUAGAUCAUUGAAUAAUAUGAAAAACAAGAUCUGUGACUGAAAAAGAGAUUUAAAGCUAGGUAUCAAGUGGCAGACACCUAGUGGCUGAGGUUGAGGAAUGUAGCCCUCUGUUAUUUGUUGAAUUGUGUCCCACAAAAAGAUAUGUUGAAGUCUUAACCCCUAUACUUGUGAAUGUGACCUUACUUGGAAAGAGAGUUGCAGAUGUACUCAAAUUAAGGUGAGGUCAUUAGGGUGGGCCCUAAUCCAGCAUGACUGAUUUCCUUACAAGAAGAAGAAAAUGCCAUGUGAGAGAUACACAGGGAGAACACCAUGUGAUGCAACAAGUCAAACCAAGGAACCCCAAGGAUUGCUGAUGACACCAGAAGCUAAAAGAAAGGCACAGAAAUAAAUUCUUCAAGAGAGCUUUUGAGAGCAUAGCCUUGCUGACACCUUGAUUUCAAGAAGUCUGAAACAAUAAAUUUCUGUUAUUUUAUGCCA